AUGUCUCUCUGGCUCCACGGCGAAGAAGACUUCAUCUCCGAAGCAGGCGCCAUGAACGUCUUCCUGCUCAAAGAGGCUAAAGAUGGCUUCCUCGAAUUUGUCACCACCCCCCUCUCGUCCGGUAUCGUACUCCCCGGUAUCACCCGUGCUUCUCUUAUCGAGCUCCUCACCGACCACGCUUCUGGUAAAGUCGAUUUCCCGCUGGAGGGGGUGCCGAAGAAUAUUAGGAUUGUGGAAAGGGAUAUUUCUAUGGGGGAGAUUGUUGAGGGGUUGAAAGAUGGGUCUGUCAAGGGCAUGUUCGGCUGCGGCACAGGCGUCGUCGUCGUCUCCAUCCAACACAUCACAUACUCCGGCACCCCCCUCACCUGGCUCGGCACAAGCCCUUCCCGACCCGCGCAGAGGGGGAGGAUUGCAGAUGGAGGGAGGGGGUGGGCGGUUGAGGUGCCGGAGUGGCAGGGGGCUGGUGUGGCGGAGAAGGAGGGGGGCAGGGAGGAAGUUAUUGUUGCUUAG